AUGGACGCCCACCCCUCCGACCCCAAUGCCCCGCCUCCGCAAAAAGCUGCAAAAACGAAACCGAAAAACCCUGAGCCUACAGCAGAAGCGCCGCUUCCAGAUUUCAUUAUAGAGCGAAAUAGGCUUUUCGAAGAACUUAAACAGAAACAUGAUGAAGAGUUAAAACAUAAACCCCGCUUUGAUAUCAACAUUACGAUUGACAUUGGAGACUCGAACCCCUCCACCAUCAUUGGUAAGGCAUGGGAAACCACACCAGGUUCGUUUUUACGUGAUAUACCCAAGGAGAUUAGUUCUACUGUGGUGAUUGCCAAGCUAGAUGGGAAGGAACUUUGGGAUCUAGAUAGACCAUUGGAGAGGGAUUGUAGGGUGACCUUCCUGCCGUUUGACUCGAUUGAGGGAAGAGAAGUUUUCUGGCAUUCUAGUGCUCACGUGCUGGGUGAGGCUUGCGAGUGCUAUUACGGGUGUCUACUCUCCCAUGGCCCGCCGACGCCUCAAGGGUUUUUCUAUGACAUGGCCUUAGAGCCGGGUCAUGUUGUGAAGGAAAGCGAUUGGCCCGCGCUUGACACAAAAGCAGCCCGUAUUUUCAAAGAAAAACAGCCUUUUGACAGACUGGAAGUUUCGAAAUCGGAUCUGAAGAAAAUGUUCGCCUAUAGCAAAUAUAAAUUGCACUACAUCAAUAACCUUGUUGAAGGAGAGAGUAGCACAGUCUAUCGAUGUGGUACCCUGGUUGACCUUUGCAGGGGGCCCCAUAUCCAAAAUACAGGCAAAAUUAAGAUCAUGAAGAUUAUGCAGAAUUCCGCUGCGUAUUUCCUGGGUGAUCAAUCUAAUGAUGCUCUACAACGGAUACGUGGUGUUGCGUUCCCAGAUAAGAAGCAAAUGCAAGAGCAUUUGAAAUUCCUCGAAGAAGCUGAAAAGCGCAACCACCUUAGAAUUGGAAAGGAUCAGGAUUUGUUUUUCUUCGAUGAGGUUUCCCCAGGAUGCCCAUUUUUGCUUCCUAAUGGAACGAAAAUUUUCAACGCCUUGCAGGCACUUCUGCGAUCUGAGUAUCGUAAGCGCGGUUACCAGGAGGUUCAAUCACCAAACAUGUACGAUGUCGGUAUCUGGCGCCAAUCCGGACAUUGGCAACAUUAUAAGGACGACAUGUUCAAGCUGGAUAUCGAGAAGAGAACCUGGGCAUUGAAACCAAUGAAUUGCCCAGGACAUGCGAUCAUGUUUGGGCACAGAGAACGAAGCUAUCGAGAACUACCUCUUCGGAUUGCGGAUUUCGGAGUGCUGCAUCGAAAUGAAGCAUCCGGUGCCCUUCAUGGGCUCACGAGGAUUAUGCAAGAGAUUGAUGGCCUUUUCGAUUUCCUUCGUGCUAUCUACGGAUUAUUCGGCUUUAGCUUCAAACUAAAAUUAUCCACAAGGCCGGAGAAGUACAUGGGAAAGCUAGAGACAUGGAAUUAUGCAGAGGAUCAACUACGUGCUGCUAUGACUAAAUUUAAGGGUAAUGACUGGGAGGUUGACGAGGGGGAUGGCGCCUUCUAUGGACCUAAAAUUGAUGUCACGAUCCAAGACGCAUUAAAGAGAGAGUUCCAGUGUGCUACCAUCCAACUGGAUUAUCAAAUGCCUGUGAACUUUAAGUUGGAAUAUAUGACUGGUGAGACGGGAGCCAAAGCGAAGCCUGAAGAGAAAUCAGCCGGAGCACCCGCAGCGAAGACGGCAGACAGGCCAGCAGGAGAUGCCGCCAAACCAGAUGUUCCUCCCACAAAUAGCGACGAGCCAGGUCCAGGCCGCGCUCGCCCAGUUGUUAUUCAUAGAGCUAUAAUUGGCAGCUUCGAGCGGUUUUUUGGUAUCAUCAUCGAGCAUUUUGGCGGAAAGUGGCCGUUCUGGCUUAGCCCGCGUCAAAUCUUGAUUGUGCCCGUCAUGCCUGCUGUUAACGACUACGUUGAGGAGCUGCAGCGGAUUCUCAAAGGAGAUAAAUUAAACGUCGACAUUGAUAUCAGCGGAAAUACGAUGCAGAAGAAAAUCCGCACCGGCCAGAUCGCGCAAUAUAAUUUUAUCUUCGUUGUCGGUGCCCAAGAGAAGUCGACCCGCACGGUGAACAUCCGCAACCGUGAUGAUCCUAGCUCUCAAGCUAAAGGAAGUCUUGUUCCCUUAGAGGAAGCUCGAGCCAAGCUACGUGCUCUUCGUAAGGAGCGCCGACUUGUGAACGAACUCUAG